AUGUCAGUAUCAGAAGAGAAAAAGAAAGCCCUUCAGGCAUACAAGGAUGAUGAGGGACACUUCUCCCUCGUGAGACAAUUCCGCCUCGCCGACUUGAUCACCAUCAUGAAUGGGGUCUGCGGAACACUUUCCAUCCUUUCUUCCGCCCGAUACCUCAUCAUGUCAUCCAAUGUCAGAAACGUACCUUCUGAAGCAGUAUCAAUCCUUUAUCUCGCGCAUUUACUUCCUAUUUUGGGAUUCGGGUUUGAUGCUUUAGAUGGAAAAGUAGCUAGAUGGAUGGGUGGAGGAUCAAUGUUAGGUCAAGAGAUGGAUUCCCUCGCGGACUUGGUCUCUUUCGGUGUCGCUCCAGCUACUUUAGCUUUCACACUCGGACUUAGAACUCCUUUGGAUACGGUCGCUUUGUUAUGGUUCGUAUCAUGUGGUUUAGCAAGAUUGGCAAGAUUCAACGCUACCGUGGCUUUGAUCCCUUCUGACGCUUCAGGAAAAUCAAAAUAUUUCGAAGGUCUUCCUAUUCCAUCGAGUCUCUUCCUCACUUCCAUGAUGGCAUUUUGGGUCAAACGUGGAUACUACGUCUCAGGUAAAGUAGGUGGUUCAGAUAUACCCUUUGGACUUUUCAAUAAGGGCAGUUGGGCAGAAGUGCAUGGAGCUGCGUUCAUCUUCGCUAUUUGGGGAGCUAUGAUGGUCAGUAAGACAUUAAGAGGAAGUGGAGGUUUGGAUUCGAAGGAAAGGGAAAAAGACGAUUCAACAUUUUAG